GAAGAGGGGUAUGGAAUCUCCAUGGCGAAAGGUAGCUACAGCCGCCGUUGUGGCGGGCGCCGGUAUUGCUGUGUACCUCACACUACUGUAUCGUAGUAGUGCUGAUCGAAGACGUCGGCGAGGGAAGGGAGGGGAUAAGCCUAGGAGGUCCUCUAGUUGGCCCGAUGAGUUUUGUGCGGCCGUUGAUUUUGUCAGCGACCACGGAGAGGAUAUUUUAGAUGACCAGACGCGGUUGGAGCUGUAUGGAUGGUUCAAGCAAGCUACUGUUGGUGACUGUGAUGGAGACAAUGCCAAGACAGGCUCAUGGUCAUCUGCUAGAUACUACAUGAGGAAGUCAUGGAAGGCGAAGAAAGGGCGUAGUAAGGAGGAGGCCUUCCGACGUUAUAUCGAGGUGUUGGAGGCCGCCCAGCCUGACUGGCGAGAGGCGCGUGAUGAAGAUGAUAGCGACAACAUUUGGAUCGAUGAGCCUGAGGAAAAGAAGGUGGAGUACACAAGGGAGCCACAAGUGGUGGUGGGGGCUGGCGAUGGUGACGAGCCGUCUGUUGAUGACUCACCAGCAGGAAUGUUUUGUCAGCUAUGUGCAGAAGGGGAUAUUGAUAAGGUGCAGGAGGUCCUCAGUACACAUCCAAGUGCUGCUAGGAUGGUGGAUGCUGAUGGUAUGACUCCGCUCCAUUGGGCAUGUGAUAGGAGUCGACUCGAUGUAUGUAGACUCCUGCUGGAUAGUGGAGCUGAUGUUAAUGCUAAGGACUAUGCUGGAGAGACCCCGCUCAGU